AUGCCGAGAGGAUUCCUGGUGAAGAGAAGCAGGAAAUCUACCCCAGUUUCCUACCGCAUCCGCUGUGAAGAUGCUGCGGAGCCGCAGCCGGGAGCUGAGAGUUUCCCUGCCCCGAGCCCGGGGGGCGGUCAGCAGCUCGGGAGGGCGGACUUGGUGUACCCGGAGCAGCCUGUCUACAGCCCGGCGAGGCCGGUCAGCCGGGAGCACAGCCACAAGUUCCACCAGAGGAGUUUGAACCUGGGCUCGCCGGUCACCGCCGAGUCCUUCCCCAACCCGGCCGCCUUCACCGGCCUGGACCACAUCCUGUUCGCCCCGGCCGAGGUCCAGCUGCCCUCGGUUUAUGUGUCCUCGGGGCGGCCGGGAGGAGGCAGCAGCAGCAAACAAGGCGGCUCCGAGAGUCAGAGCGAGCGCAGGAAUAAGCCCGCGGCCAAGAAAACCAAAGCCAUCAGGAAACUCAACUUCGAGGAUGAAGUGACCACCUCCCCGGUGCUGGGCUUGAAGAUUAAAGAGGGACCGGUGGAGCCCAAGCCCAGAUCAGCCUCAGGAGGCGGGGGGAAGCCCCUGGGGGAGUUUAUCUGCCAGUUGUGUAAGGAGGAAUACAUCGACCCCUUCUCCCUGGCCCAGCACAAGUGCUCCCGGAUCGUGCGGGUGGAGUAUCGCUGCCCGGAGUGUGACAAGGUCUUCAGCUGCCCGGCUAACCUGGCCUCUCACCGGCGCUGGCACAAGCCCCGGGGUCAGAGCCUGGGCACCGCCUCCGGGCUCCACAGCAGCAACAAGGGCGACGCCAGCAAGCACAUGCCCGGGGAGCCGAAGGAGAUACAAGGCGCCGAGAGGGACACCCCCAGCCCCGGCUCGGUCCCCUCCGAGUCGGGCUCGGAAGACGGUCUCUACGAGUGUUACCAGUGCGCCAAGAAGUUCAAACGCCAGGCUUACCUGCGGAAGCACCUGGUGAGCCACCAGGUCAGCCCGAGGGAGGAGCGCAAAGCGGCCCCCGCCGAGCCCCAAGUCUUCCCCGGCGGAGAAGCGGCCGAGAAGCAGCAGCCGCCGCCGCCCAGCCAGAGCCCCAAGCCCGGCUCCGAGUACCACCCCUGCCAACUCUGCGGGGAAAACUUCUCCAGCAAAGCCAGCCAGGAGCGCCACCUCCGCCUGCACGCCUCCGAGGUGUUCCCUUGCAAAUAUUGUCCGGCCACUUUCUACAGCUCCCCCGGACUCACCAGACACAUCAACAAAUGCCACCCAUCAGAAAACAGGCAAGUGAUUCUUCUCCAAAUGCCAGUGCGUCCUGCCUGUUAGGGGAAGGGACAGAGAGAGAGAGGGGGUGACAAACUGUGCCUUUCUUUGCAGACCGUUGCUACA